AGGGUCCCGGAGCGCUGCGAGUCGGGGCCGCCGGCGCUCGGUGCCAGCCGCGCUCGGUGCCAGCCGCGCUCGCCAUGGCCCGUGUCACCCGUGUCACCCUCGUGUCGCAGCUCUGGCUCCUGCUCCAAGCCUCCUGCCUCUGCCUGGCCCAGCUCCGAGGGCCUCCAGGAGAGCCCGGCCCACGGGGGCCCCCCGGUCCCUCAGGAGUGCCGGGAGCCGAUGGCAUCGACGUGACUCCUGACUCUGCUCUUGUGUCCUGGCAGGGCCAGCCUGGACUCCCAGGGCCACCAGGGCUCCCUGGUCCUUCACUGCCAGGACCCCCCGGGCUUCCAGGCCAGGUUGGACUUCCCGGACAGAUCGGGGUGCUGGGACCCAAGGGUGAUCCCGGACCCGACGGCCCCAGAGGUCCCCCAGGCCCUCCAGGGAAACCUGGCCUCCCGGGACACCUCCAAGGCCUAGAAGGCAGCGCUGAUUUCCUGUGUCCCACCAGCUGCCCCCCAGGUCCCAAGGGCCCCCAGGGACUGCAGGGACUGAAGGUAAGGAAGUCCUGGAGCUGCUGUGGGGGGGAAAAAUGGGAAUUGUCACUUCCAGGAUGUGGUGGAGGCCCCAAGGGGGAUGUUGGUGCCUCUGGAGAACAAGGAGUCCCAGGCCCUCCGGGACCUCAGGGCCUCAGGGGUUAUCCUGGCAUGGCAGGACCCAAGGGAGAGACGGGUCCUGCUGGGUACAAGGGUAUGGUUGGCAGCUUCGGAGCAGCGGGGCGGCCGGGCAGGGAAGGCCCCAAGGGACCACCUGGGGACCCUGGUGACAAGGGGGAGCUGGGUGGCCGUGGCAUCAGGGGACCCCAGGGUGACACCGGCCCCAAGGGCGAGAAUGGCCUCCCAGGCAUCGAUGGCAAGGAUGGCACCCCAGGUAUCCCUGGAGUGAAGGGUGGCACAGGACAGGCCGGACGCCCGGGAACGCCGGGACACCGGGGACAAGCUGGAUUGCCAGGCCAGCCGGGAAGCAAAGGUGGCCCAGGUGACAAGGGUGAAGCUGGUCCUCGGGGCCACCCCGGUGUCACCGGUGCCCCAGGGCAGCUCGGCGAGCCCGGACCUCGGGGUGAGCAGGGCCCGCAGGGUGUCCCCGGGCUGAAGGGUGACAGGGGUGAGCGUGGCCUCGUGGGGCCCCCCGGCGAGCAGGGCAGAGUGGGGCUGAAGGGCGAGCAGGGCCCACCAGGCAUCCCAGGACCCCAAGGCUUGCCAGGAGUCAAAGGAGACAAGGGCUCUCCAGGGAAAACAGGCCCCAAAGGCAGCAUUGGAGAUCCGGGUGUCCACGGCCUGGCAGGGCUCAAGGGAGAGAAGGGGGAAUCAGGAGAGCCAGGACCCAAGGGACAGCAAGGCAUCCAGGGAGACCUCGGCUUUCCGGGCCCUUCGGGGGAUGCCGGAGCGCCGGGAAUUCGGGGUUAUCCCGGCCCGCCCGGCCCGCGGGGGCUCGUGGGGGAGCGCGGAGUGCCGGGAAUGCCGGGGCCAAGGGGCACAGCCGGCCGGGAUGCUGGGGACCAGCACAUCGUGGAUGUGGUGCUGAAGAUGCUGCAAGGUGAGGGCUCUCAUCCCACAAAACCUCAGCUUCAUCCCACAGAACUUGCCCAGGUUCAUCCUGUAAAUUUUCCCAGAUUCAUCCCACAAAAUCUGCCUAGGCCUCAUCCCACCAAGCUCCCACCAGGAUCAUCCUUCCCUUCCUUCUUCCUCAUCUCUGCCACCUUUUCCCUGCUCUCUGGAAUUGCUCUUCCCACACCCCUCCCAUUCCCAAACCCCAAUCCCUAUCCCAACAGCCGCAUUCCCCUCUCUGAGGAUCCCGUUCCCAUUCCAGGUCUCCCGGGCAUUCCGGGCCAUGCUGUGGACGGCAAAGCGGGCGAGCGUGGCCUGCCGGGCUCCCCGGGCGAGGCUGGCAGGCCGGGAUUGCCGGGCCCCCCGGGAUUCCCGGGAUUUUGCGAGCCGGCCGCGUGCCUGGGAGCCUCGGCCUACGCGGCCGCUCGCCUCACUGAGCCGGGGAGCGUGAAGGGCCCCCUGUACUGAGGAAUUCACCGUGGAAAAUCCGUUCCCAAAGUUACCACAACACUGCAAUUCCAUGAGGAGCAGCUUCCAUGCUUUCCCAGUUCUUGGGAACGCCGGAGUGAGGGCGGCCACAGGGAGAACACAGCCAUAGGAAGGAAAUUUUGGGGUGGGAACACGUUGCUGGCACAGUUUGGGAAUAAAGGGUGGCCUCAAAUCCUGGUUCCAUCCAUGGGGUUCCAAACCUGUUCCCUGUGCCCUUUCCCCCCAAAAAAAUAAAUUGGAAUAAUUUUUAUAAACCCCUCUCCCUGUGAUGUUUGAAGGAACCCGUGGAAAUUCCUUUUUUAUCCUUUCCUUUCUUAACCUUUGUUUUUUAAAUUGGAAUUUUUAAAACCCCCUGAUAAAAUUGUGGUUUGAUUAUUUAAGAGAAUUCCCAGCUCCAACUUGGUCACUCCCAUACCAGUGUAAAAUAGGGACAAAAAUAGCAAUAUUUUAUAAUUGUGAUGAGAAAAACACCAACUUUCGGAAAAAAUGGACAAUAAAACCAAGCUGGAUUCUUAAUAAAUGGAA